UGCUCAUUAUCAACGCAGAACAGAUAAAAACGAAAGUAAUUCUAACCUUAGCAAGGAAGGUUUUAACAUAGAACGACUGCAUGCAAGAACGUGUCCAUCGUUUUUCUAUGAGGAAAUGGACUUCAACCCAGGUCACGUGCCCCGCUCACCGCAGAAUAUGCCUUUUCCCGUCAUGAUAGCCCUGACACCACCUGUCAGCUCUCCCUACCAGUGUCUCCAAUACCCAGCUGUGUGUCUAUGAAGAGUGACCAAUACAUGGCAGACCCUCUCAAUUUUAGCAGUGGACCACCACAGUCUGAUCCAAAGCCACAGACACACAGACCAGUGUCUCCAGUGCCCAGCUGUGUGUCUAUGAAGAGUAACCGGUCCAUGCCAGACCCUCCCAAUUUCAGCAGUGGACCACCACAGUAUGAUCCAAAGCCACAGACACACAGACCAGUGUCUCCAGUGCCAAGCUGUGUGUCUAUGAAGAGUAACCGGUCCAUGCCAUACCAUCCUCCCAAUUUCAGCAGUGGACCACCACAGUCUGAUCCAAAUGUCAGGAGGAAUGUUCUGACCCAGGAUCAGUCCAGGUGUGGAGUGUGUGAGCAGCUACUGAGGGACCCAGUCAUCACCACCUGUGGACACAGUUUCUGCAGGCACUGCAUCAGCAGCUACUGGAGCCAGUCUGGUCCAUCAGGAGACUACUGCUGUCCCCAGUGCAGAAAGAGAUCCAGAGCACAACCCUUUCUAAACCCUGACAUAACCAUGGCACAACCUCUGUUAUACGCACAUACAACAAUGACACAACCUCCUGUAUAUCCCCCUACAGCCAUGGCACAAUCUUCUCUCUACCAACACAGAGAAAUGGCACAGCUUCAUCUCAAGCCAUCUACAACCAUGGCACAAGUUCCUCCAUAUCCACCCUCAGACUCAGGGCAGGACCCUCUAUACCCACACUUACACAUGGCACAGAUUUCUCCACAGCCUCCUUUGGAUGAGCACAUAGACAUGGAAGGAAGCAAACAUCUCCAAACUGAGCCUGCUCCAGUCAAAAGGGCCAAACUAACAGAUGAUGUCCUGAACAGAGCACUGGUGAAUCAUAAAGCCAGUAUGAAGAGGAGGUUUGAGAACAUAUCUGAAGGUGUCAUGAGAUCAGGGACUCAAACACUCCUGAACAAGAUCUACACAGAGCUCUACAUCACAGAGGGAGAGAGUGAAGGGGUGAAUAAUGAACAUGAAGUUUGGCAGGUAGAGUCAGCAUCCAGAUCACAAACUACAGAAGACACAGCAAUCAACUGCAAUGACAUCUUCAAGCCCUUACCUGGACAGCAGAGACCCAUCAGAACUGCCAUGACCAAGGGCAUUGCUGGCAUUGGAAAAACCGUCUCAGUGCAGAAGUUCAUCCUUGACUGGGCAGAGGAGAAAGCUAACCAGGAUGUAGAUUUCAUGUUUAUACUUCCGUUCCGUGAGCUGAAUUUGGUCAAAAAUGAUCAGUACAGUCUUCACAGGCUCCUGCUGGACUUCCACCCUGAGCUUAGGGAGCUACAGGAUGGUGAAUACAAAGACUGCCAUAUUGUGUUCAUCUUUGAUGGUCUGGAUGAGAGUCGACUUCCGCUGAAUUUUCAAGAGAACCAGCAGUUGUCUGAUGUCGCACAAACAUCAUCAGUGGAUGUGUUGAUGACGAGCCUCAUUCAGGGAUCUCUGCUUCCCUCUGCUCUCAUCUGGAUAACCUCCCGACCAGCAGCAGCCAGUCAGAUCCCUUCUCAGUGCAUCAAUCAGGUUACAGAAGUACGAGGGUUCAGUGAUCCACAGAAGGAAGAGUACUUCAGGAAGAGGAUCAGUGACCAGAAUCAAGCCAACAGAAUCAUCUCGCACAUUAGGGCAUCCAGGAGCCUCCACAUCAUGUGCCACAUGCCAGUCUUCUGUUGGAUCUCAGCCACUGUCCUUCAGCAGAUACUGGAAGAGGAUGAUGGGAAGGAAGCCCCCAAAACUCUGACUGAGAUGUUCAUACACUUCCUGCUCAUCCAGACCACCAGGAAGAAUCAGAAGUAUCAAGAGGAAAAUGAUACAUAUAGACAGAGGCUCCUGGAAUUACAUAAGGAUGUCAUACUGAAACUGGCAGAGCUGGCCUUCAAGCAUCUGGAGAAUGGCAAUCUCAUGUUCUAUGAGGAAGACCUGAAAGAGUGUGGAAUUGAUGUGAGUGAAGCCUCAGUGUACUCUGGCAUGUGCACAGAGAUCUUCAGGGAGGAAUGUGUGUUUCACCACAAGAAGGUCUACUGCUUUGUGCAUCUGAGCAUCCAGGAGUUUCUGGCAGCCAUGUUUGUCUUUCACUCCUACAUGUCAGAACAUUUUGAAAUACUGAAAUCAUUCAUCAGUAAAAAACACAAAGACCUGCAAGCCCCCCUUCCCUUGCAUGUUCUGUUGAAGGGAGCAAUGGAUAACGCUUUGGACAGCAAGAAUGGACACCUGGACCUUUUCCUCCGCUUCCUUGUAGGCAUCUCAGUGGAGAGCAAUCAGGCCCUUUUACAAGGUCUGCUGUCGAACACACACAGCAGCUCAGAGAGCAUCAAGAAAACGUGUCAGUACAUCAAGGUUCUCAAGAGAAAGGAUCUGUCUCCUGAAAGAUGCAUCAAUCUUUUCCAUUGCUUAUUUGAAAUGAAUGAUCAUUCCCUACAUGAAAAAGUCCAGACAUAUCUGAGAUCUUCACAUGGCGUCUCAGAUUGUUUGUCACCUACCCAAUGUUCAGCACUGGCCCACAUGCUUCUGAUGUCUGAGGAGGUGCUGGAUGAGUUUGACUUGACGAAAUACAACACAUCAGAGGAGGGACGUAGGAGACUAAUACCAGCUGUGAGAUGCUGCAGAAAGGCCCGACUUGCUGGCUGCAAACUAACAGAGAAGUCUUAUGAGAUUGUGGCCUCAGCUCUACAGUCUGCAAACUCCCCCUUAAGAGAGCUGGACCUCAGUCAGGAAGACCUGCAGCAGACAGGAGAAAUGCUGCUCUCUGCUCUACAGAGUCCAAACUGCAAACUGGAGACACUGAGACUUGCUGGCUGUGGACUAACGGAGAAGUCCUGUGAGAUUGUGGCCUUAACUCUGCAGUCUGCAAACUCCCCCUUAAGACAGCUGGACCUCAGUCAGAAUGACCUGCAGAAGUCAGGAGAAAUGCUUGGCUUUGCUCUACACAGUCCAAACUGCAAACUGGAGACACUGAGACUUGCUGAUUGUAAGCUAACAGAGAAAUCCUGUAAGGCUGUAGCCUCUGCUGUCAAGUCAUUGGUCUCCCUGACAGAACUGGACCUCACAAACAGUGAACUGAAGGAUUCUGGAGUUCAGCUUCUCUCUGCAGGACUAAGUAGCCCUCACUGUAAACUACAGACAUUAAGACUUGCUGACUGUAAGCUAACAGAGGAAUCCUGUAAGGCUCUAGCCUCUACUCUGCAGUCAUCGGUGUCUCUGACAGAACUGGACCUCACAAACAAUGACCUGAAGGAUUCUGGUAUUCAGCUUCUCUCUGCAGGACUAAGUAACCCUCACUGUAAACUACAGACAUUAAGACUGGCUCGUUGUCUCAUCACACACGAGGGCUGUUCUUUCUUGGCCUCUGCCCUCAAAUCAAACCCCUCCUACCUGAAACAGCUGGAUCUGAGCAACAAUCACCCAGAAGACUCAGGUGUCAGAAAGCUCACAGGCAGACUGAAUGAUCCCAACUGUAAACUAGAGACUUUCAGGUGAGUGCUGGGUGUUUAUCUGGCUUGAAAUAACAUUUUAAACCGUUGCUGAGGGCACCAAGGCUCAGGGGUCGUGGAGGGAGAUUUUAAUGGAGCGGAUGGGAAAAGUUUUUUCACUAAGAGCACCAAGUCUGGACUGUUGGAGGUGCAUCUUCUUUCUAUUCCUACAUGGAUGUGCAUGUUGCUCCUCUUCCUAAACUCCAAGAAGUCAUGGGUGCACAUGUCCUGCUAGUAUCACCAGUCAGCAGCCACUUCUAUUCCCCUCAUCUUCUCUCAGUCACAGCAUGCCAGGGCUGAUGGCAGUCAGUGCUGCUCUCAGACAUCUGUCUCAACCAA